AGCAAGAAGCAGCAGCAUCGUUGUUUAUUUUUCCCAUUUCUCGAGUUUUGUUUACGUUUUCGUGCGCGCUAUGUCCAAUCCCCAGGAGGAGCUACUGCCACCCAGUGCUGAGGAUGAUGAGUUGACACUACCACGCGCCAGCAUCAACAAAAUAAUAAAGGAACUGGUGCCAACGGUGCGAGUGGCCAAUGAAAGUCGUGAAUUGAUUUUAAACUGCUGCUCCGAGUUUAUACACCUGAUUAGCUCCGAGGCGAACGAGGUGUGCAAUCAGCGCAGCAAGAAAACCAUCAAUGCCGAGCAUGUUCUGGAAGCACUCGAUCGCUUGGGCUUUCGCGACUACAAACAGGAGGCGGAGGCUGUUCUCCACGAUUGCAAGGAAGUGGCCGCCAAGCGACGUCGACAGAGCACGCGUCUCGAGAAUCUGGGCAUACCUGAGGAGGAGCUGCUGCGCCAGCAGCAGGAGCUGUUUGCCAAGGCGCGCGAGGAGCAGGCGCGGGAGGAGCAACAACAAUGGAUGAGCAUGCAGGCAGCCGCCGUCCAACAGAGCAAUGCGUUAAUACAGCGACAGCAGACGACGGACGGGAACAUCAGCAGCCGGAAACCCAGCGAAGACGACGAGGAUGACGACGACGAUGACUACUAAUCGAAAUCGAAUAGUUGAACGAGUUUAUUUCUUUGCGCUUAAUGUAAUUGUAAAAUUGUAAUUAAACUAUUGCCAUAAGUCA